UAGUCAUUAUUUACAACCACAUUCGAGGAUCCAUUCUGGUGCGAACGAUACUCGGUAUCCCGAUGGACGAGACUUCUCUAAGGGGUGGUACCUAGUAAUGAGUGCUUAUUACUCCUCCUAAUUCCCGAAUCCAUCCCCUUUCUAAAUGUAAACAUCUCCUCUCCUCAUCUUUCUUCUCACCCCUGUAUUGACACAAUAAACGCUUCCUGACACAUGCGCAAAAUUGAGAAGAGUUUCCGAAUCCGCGAUUGAACAUUUCGUAUUAACAGAAUGUAAACAUUUCUGUGAGGACAAUGAUGUUUAAGUAAGAAUAAUAUAGUCCUCGGUAUUUGAUUAUUAAUUCAGAGUCUGAAUAUUUGCUUCUAAAUUACUUUGCCGACAACAGCAAUAAGAUUUGCUUUUUUAUGAAGUGUGUUGUACAAUUCCAUCUACACCACUGUCUUCUGUUAUAAACCAGCCAUUGUUUUAUUUUUCUUAUAAGGUGAAAGCAUGAAUGGUUUUAAUCGCUUUACUAUUACUCUAAGAAGAUGGAUGUCUACUUAUCCUAGUGCUAAGAAAAUUGAUCCUCGAUUUAAAAAUCCUUGCAGUGAACUGCAGCAAUUUAUUGAAGUACCAUUAUUUAAAGAUGAUGAAAUUCCUUUUAAUCCUAGUAUCCAAGAUAUGAAGUUAGCUCAAAAACUCUUUAUGCCAGAAAAGGGACAUGAAAUAAAAUAUAUUGCAUCUGUUUCUGAUAUUGAAACUUUUCCUCAUCAUAAUUUACCUGAGGUUACAUUUAUAGGCCGUAGUAAUGUUGGAAAAUCUUCUUUAUUACGAGCUUUAUUUGUUAGAGUUCCAGGAUUAAUCUUAAGAACGUCUAAAAAACCCGGUGAGCAAACAGUGAACUUUUUACAAGUAGGAAACAGUCUUUGCCUUGUUGAUAUGCCUGGAUACGGAUUUCGUCAAGCUGAGGGCUUCUUGAAAGCUGUUGAAGGCUACUUGAAAACUCGUAAAAACUUAAAAAGGACAUUUUUGCUAGUGGAUGGUAAAGUUGGUUUUCAAAAGUGGGAUGAAGUAGCUUUAGAUAUGUUAGAAGAAUUUAAUAUUCCAUAUGGUCUUGUCAUGACAAAAAUUGACAAAGCUAUACCAUCCCAAAGACUCAGGAAUAUGUUAUAUCUUCAACAGAUUAGAAAUAAAUACACAUCUGCAAGUUGUUUUCCUCAGCCUUUUAUGAUUAGUUCCAUUACUGGUGAAGGAAUUGCAUACUUGCAGGCCUACAUUGCUCAUCUAACAGGAAAUCUAAUGCUUGAAGGAUCUUCUUAAGAAGUUAAUUGAUGUUAACUGCUGAAUCUUCGUAUCGAGUUGAUUUAAUGAAGAUUCAUGUCUUUAUAAAUAUUUAUGAAUGUAAACAAUAUUUUGUUCUGAAGAAAUUACAAGUGUACUUUGUGUAUAGCCUUAUUUUUCUUAUCUUAUUUAUGAAAUCUCCCUGUGUAAUUACUAUUGCAGUUUCUGAACAGUUUUUUUCUUGUAACUAUGAAUAUUGCUUAAAAAUUUUGCUGAAUUUAAUUCAAAAGAAAAUAAUUUUAAGAGGUAUUUUAUCUGAACAUCCGAUCUGAAGGUGUAGGAUCAUUACAAUUGGAAUCCAGAUUAAACACUGUGAAUAAUUGUUAUCAAUUUUAUGAUUCAAGAAAAAGCAAAUUAGAAAUUAUAGUAUCGGAUGAUGAGCAUGGUAUUUUCCGUGUAGUCACAUGCUAUUUAAAAAGCAUCUAUUAUUCAGUUAAUUUUAGUAAAACAAUUAUUUUGAUUGAACAUUGAGUGAAAAGGUUCGAUCUUGUUUCUGUUUGGUUCUCUACUAUGAUCAUUUCAAAGAAAUCACAUUUUUUCUCUUGAUAAAUUUCUUAAAUAAAUGUUUCGUGUAGGGCUCGCCCGAUGGUAGCUUUGUUUUUAGGAGUUUUUGAAAUUUAUUUCUUUGUACAAAAAAUCUUUUAAUGCCUUUAUUUUUCUAAUUUUAUAUUUUGUUCUGUGUUCCAGUAUUUAAUUUUAUGUUUUGUUCUUUGUUCCAGUAUGUAAUUAUAUGUAUAAAUUCUAGUUUAUAAUUUUAUAUUUUAUUGCUAUGUGUUCAUUAAACAUGCUGGAUUUGUUUCAUUUCGAUAAUUCUUGGUAACUCUCUUCAUUAUGACUAUUACUUUCUUGAAUGUGUUUCUAAAAUGGAUUUUUUUAAACAGCUCGUAUAAUUCCUGUUUACAAAGUUUGGGGCAGUUCAUUGUUGUACAUAUAAAUGUUAAAAACUUAUGUGUUUGCAUGAUGCGAAGUGAUUUUCAAAUUUAAAUGAAAAUUAUGUUUCUGUGGUAUUAAUUUUAUAUUGUUCAAUAUUUGAUGGAUUGAUGUUUAUGUAUAUUGGAUAAUUGGUGGGUUUUAAAUAGAUUGCUUUUUUAUGUUGCUGUUAAUUGUUUCAUUUUUUCAGUAUAUAUAUAUAUAUAAUAUUGAUAAAUGGGCUACUAAAAUUAUUUUUGUUGCUGAUUGCAUGUGGCAAUCCUCCAUUUUUCAGACUUUAAUUUUUAGAAUUUACUUUUAUCAGUAUUGUACAUAAAUCCAGAAUUUUGAUUUCAA